AGGCCGCACGGGCUCGAGUCGGCAGCUCUAAGAUCCCCACCAACGUAGAUAUUGUCUCCGACGAACUACACUCAGCCCCUGGGUGGCCCCGGAGCGCUGCUGGACGGCGCUCCAGCGCAUGUCAUGCCACCGCGCGGGGGGCGUCCCGAGCGUGUUGUUGCUACUCCUGCUCCUCAUCGGUGGGCUGCCGCCCACCUCGGCGGGCAGGUCAGCGCGGCCGCCAGGGCGGCAGCAGCCGCCUCUGCACCAGGCGCCCCUUGGUCCCAACGGCUCCGCGGGGACCUUUGCCAUCUGGCCCCACGAGGACAGCGCCGGUCUUCCACGGGAGCGGGGCCGGCUGCACGCGGAGUUGCUCGCAGCGCACCCGGGCGGAGAUCAUGAACGCCAUUCGGUGCUGGAGACGAACCACGGCGUGGCGAAGAGCAUGCUCGCGCCGGGCUUCGGAGGGUUCCUCCUCUGCAUCCUGGUGGGCGCCGCGUUUGCUCAGUGGAGGCCCCUGGCGGCUGUCCCCAUGAGUGCGUGGACCAUUCUUGUCUCGUGCAUCGGGGGGUUCAUGCUGCGCGUCAUGAUCUCUGAAGGUGUGAUCUCUACUGCCUGGUAUAUGAGAGCCACUUCUCUGUUCCUGAAUCUAGGUUUGCUGCCUGUAAUCAUCUUCUCCAGCGGGUGGACUCUAAACCACAUGAAUUUCAUGUCCCAGAUCGAGCACAUUGCAAUCUUCGCAGUUCUGGGCACGCUGAUAGCGACAUUUUUCGUCGGGCUCUGUUUGAGUACCCUUGGAGCGUACGAAUUCCACAUGGUAGAUGAUGUUCGUUCGAAUUUUGCAUUUGCUGCCCUCAUCUCCGCUGUAGACCCAGUUGCAACACUCAGCACCCUCGCAAAGCUCGGACUCGACGUGUCGCAGCCGCUGUUGCACACGAUGAUAUUUGGGGAGUCAGUGGUGAACGAUGCGGUUGCCAUCGUCCUUUUCAAGGCCUUGAACGAAGGGGGGAAUUUGACAGCAUACCACAUUGCGCUCCAGGUGUUAAAGCUCCUGUUUGGGUCGUGGGCCCUCGGACACGUCACCUCGUGCGUCUUAAUAUUCCUCCUGCGUUGCGCAAGGCUGCCUGGCAACACUGUACCAGAGACGCUGUACAUUGCGGGGAGCGCGUGGUUCAUAUUCGCCCUCGCUGAAGGCAUGGGGCUGUCCGGCAUCAUUUCGAACUUGUGGGCGGGCAUGAUGUUCAGGAUGUAUGGGUCGCAGUUGCUUGAGGAUGCCGGGCUGGAGACGACCAGCCAUUUCUUGGAGGUCGCGGCCGAGAUGUCCGACACGAUGGUGUUCAUGGUGUGUGGUGUCUCGUCUGCAUUGGUGAGCUCCGUACGGGCUGUCUGGUUCGCUUUGUUUGCGGUAUUCAUCUGUCUAGCAGCACGAGGACUGUCAACCUCCACGUGCGCGUUCAUCUCCAACGCUGUGAAGCGAAAGGUUGGCGCCCCAGGAAGCCAGGAGCUCACGUUCGCUCAUCAGGUCAUGAUGUGGCAUGCCGGGCUCCGUGGUGGCAUCGCGCUGGUCCUUGCGCUGGAGAUCGACUCGGAGUGGUGCGACUACAAGGCGGCCAUUAUCAACACGACGUUCUUGAUAAUAUGCGUCUAUUUGGUCGUAUUCGGCAGCACGACAGAGGUCAUGCUGAAGAGGUUUGGCUUCUCGGGCUCUCGCGCAGAGCACGACGCGGAGCAGGUCCCAGCGGAAGGCGAGGAGGCCGAGGGCCAGGAGAUCACAGGCACACGGUUGAGUGGUCUGCACCCGCAUCCACACGGUGGGCAGCACCGGGAGAGGGCGUCGAUCUUGUGGCAGGAGAUGAAGGAUGCGACGCCUGGAGAUGUUGGGUGGAAGAUCAGGACCAUCGAGGCCUUGAACAGUUUCCAAGAGAGCCUGCUCGUCGGUGACCGCGGCAAGCUGGAGAACACGCGGAAGGUCGCCCAAGAACAUUGGAAGAAGUUGCAGACCUUUGGCAGACAACGUCCAGCACAGUCUCCUUGAGAGUGUGAAGCAGGAGGCGCGCCAUAGGUUGGUUGCUUGGCCAAGACCUCACAAUCACCAUCUCCAUCACAUUUCCGACUACUACUGGCCACCCUUGCCUCAGGCGUUCUUGACCUAAGAAAUUGCGCGUUCUGUGGUCGCUUGGAGGGGGGGGUUGGG